CGGUGGUCGCCAUAGAAUAUUACAUUAUCAGGAAGGAGGAAGUUGUGCGGUCCUUAGGCAACUAAUAUGCUUAAGGUGUCUGGAAAGUCACAGGCAGAGAGCACUGGUACUCAGGAACUACUGGAUGCUAUGUCCAAUGACCAAAUGCACCUGGUCCGCUUUAUUGUUGAUGCUCUGGAUGGAAAGAUAGUUAACACACGUGGGGGAGAGUUGAGCCGGACACCACUUAUCUGCAGCGCUCUUCUCCCAGAACAACAGGCCCGACAACGCUACAUGCAGCUCCUCCUGGACAAGGGUGCGGAAGUGAACAGCCGGGACCGAGCAGGUCGCACCGCACUCAGCUAUUCCUGUGAGAGAGGGCAUCUACAGGAGGUGAAACUGCUGGUGCAACGUGGAGCCGACCCAGAGCUGUCUGACUUGUGGGGAAACACUGCCCUCAUUUAUGCGUCAGUGUCUGGACAUGCCUCAGUCUUGGACUUCCUUGCCAGAGCAUUUAAACGGCUAGGCUUACAGAUUGACCGAGCCAACCGUGUGGGGAAUUCCGCUUUGGAUGUGGCAAGAUACCUUGGGCACAGGGAGUGUGAGCUUGUGCUGAGUGGGGGUAAUUUUGGACAUAAAACAGAGGAUCAUCACCUCUCUCGAGUCACCUGGAAUGAGCUACAGAGUGGGUCCCACAGAUCUGCCCAUCAUUUUCUUUUGGGAAGGAGUCGUUCACUGGCCUCUCACCGACACAUUGAUUCAAUGGACUCUAUAGAGGAGGAAGAUGGAGACAAAGGCAGUUGCUCCUCAAGCUCUUCUGGACUUGGGUUUUCCAAUGUGCUGAACCCUAGGCCACGCUCCUGGAGUCUUCAGUAUGGGGGCCAUAUUGGGGAGCGCAAGGAGCUUGGCCUACACCUACCAGCACUUAGCAGUGCAUCCAUCCAAAUUUCCACCAGCCUCUACUCUCCACGGCCUGGGAAACAGCAUGUACCUGCCCUCACUCCCCUACCGGGACCACUAGGCAUUCUACUGACACCACUGUCUGCUAACCCUCAUUCUGCCUCUCAAGGAACUGAAGACCAGUUCCAUGGGUGUUUAAAAGACCCAAGCCUUCGAAGAUUUAAUGACACUUAUUACCGAAAGAGAAGCAGCCUUCCUUCCACUCUACUGGCUCCAGUGCCACCAGACAGAGAACUUCUAGGAUCACGCACAAAGGAUACUACAAGUUGUAAGCCUUCUACUGGAUCAAGUAACCCGUUUACUGUACUGGGGAACAAGCUAUUAAGACGCUUCACAUUUCCAGAAUUCAAAAAGCAGCAAGCACCAGCUAGAAGCAGUGGAAAGGGCUCUUCUGCCACCAAGGCAACUGGACCUAGAGUGAUGGCAAGGUCAGAAACUUUCCCUGUUGGCAAAAACCACCCGCAGGUGGUCAGCAAGCCCAGUGUAGACAGCAUCAGCAGCGUGAAGUGUGAAUUUGAUUUCCAGCAGCAGAAUAGCUCUUCUUGAUCUAAUCUUCUGCCAAAACAGAACCAUUUCUCUGACUCUAAAAAAGAAUCCCGAAAAACUGCCUAAAUUCUAUUUUAUAAGACCCUACAAAGGCUAUCUCAUAUCCUGUAGACAAAAAAAAACAUUAUUGAAAAUGAUAUCCCUGGAAAAAUCUGAAAAUGCUUGUUUAAAUUAGAAUGUAUGACAAUACAUGGAAUGUUUCACUAUUCUUGGAUUUGUGGAGAAUUGACAAGGAAACUGAAAAUCGUGCAACAAAACUGAGACAGAUUUUGAUUGGGAUCUAUCAGUUUUGGCCUACAAUCUGCCAUCUCCUUGUAAAUGUUCUACAAUUCCCAAUUCAGUGAAAAAAAAACACAAUUUAAAAUGAGUAGAAUUCAUUUUUUUUCAUAUUUGCUUUUACAACAUUUCUUUUUGACUAUUUAACUGCCAUAGUGUUACUUUGGCUGGGACUAAGGGUAAUUCAAAGA